AUGGCACUUUCGGCUGCAGAUAUUGUCUUCUUGCUGGAUGGAUCCGGAAGUGUGGCGGCACACCAGUUCUUGGUCAUGAAAACAUUUGUGAAAAAUGUGACCAGGAGUCUCCUGGAAUUUAACACCUCAUUUGCCUUUGCACAGUACUCCAGUGGAACCACCAUCCACGUGAACUUUCAUCAGUUCCAGAGAACAGGAUGGGAAAACCAGGUGGACAGUAUCAGCCAAAGAGGAGGAGGCACAAGUACUGCUGGUGCUAUCCAGACAGUUGUGGACGCCCUGUUUGAUUCUUCUGCUGGAGCGAGACCUGAUGCCGUUAGAAUCCUCAUUGUCCUCACAGAUGGGCAGUCUGGGGAUGCUUCAAGCUAUCCCAGUGUCACGGCACAGGCUGAUAGCAAGAACAUUACUAGAUAUGCUAUUGGGAUUGGAAGUGCCUUUAGCAGUCAGUCAGCCCAAGAUGAGCUCAGGAGUAUCGCAUCUUCACCAGAAUCAGACUUUGUGUUUAGAGUGGACAACUUUGAGGCACUGGACAACAUCAGCAGCAGACUGGAGAAGAGCAUCAUGGUCAUAGAAGGUGUGGUCCCUACAACUUGUUCACCCCCUACACCUGAGCCACCAAUCCCUACAACCCAAGGGGGAACCUCUGCGCCAUGUGUGCCUGUGUCCACAUCUGAACACACAUACCAUGCAAGCCAAGCGGCUGCAGAUAUUGUCUUCCUGCUGGAUGGAUCUGGGAGUGUGGCGGCAGCAGACUUCAUUAUCACAAAAACGUUUGUAAAAAAUGUGACCACAAGUCUCCUGCAGUUUAACACCUCGUUUGCCUUUGCACAGUACUCCAGUGGAACCACCAUCCAUGUGAACUUUCAUCAGUUCCAGAGAACAGGAUGGGAAAACCAGGUGGACACUAUCAGCCAGAUACGAGGAGGCACAAAUACUGCUAGUGCUAUCCAGACAGUUGUGACCACCUUGUUUGAUUCUUCUGCUGGAGCGAGACCUGGUGCCCAUAGAAUCCUCAUUGUCCUCACAGAUGGGAGAUCUUCAGAUGCUUCAAGCUAUCCUAGUGUCACGGCACAGGCUGAUAGCAAGAACAUUACUAGAUAUGCUAUUGGGAUUGGAAGUGCCUUUAGCAGUCAGUCAGCCCAAGAUGAGCUCAGGAGUAUCGCAUCUUCACCAGAAUCAGACUUUGUGUUUAGAGUGGACAACUUUGAGGCACUGGACAACAUCAGCAGCAGACUGGAGAAGAGCAUCUUGGCCAUAGAAGGGAUCACUAGAGUUUGUUUACCCACAAACACCAGCCAAGUGCCUGCUUCACAUGUCAUCUGUACGGAGAAGUUCAUGACCUUUGAGCUGGAGAGAACAGCUGCCAUUGGGCCCUUUGCAGACCGCCUGCGGCUCAACGACCCCAACUGCACCCUCUACUCCAACGGCACUCACAUGCUGGCCAACAUGUCGCUCUCCGCCUGUGGGACCGAAAUGGAGGACGAUGGAGAAUAUCUCAUUUUUAAGAAUGAGGUGAUGUCUUUUGAUGACCCCAAUGCCAUCAUCACCAGGAGACACGAAGUGGAGAUUGAGUUCAGCUGCAAGUAUCCCAAGAAAAGUGGAGUGACCAUUCAGUUUGAAGUCCACAGACCUGCCCACUCCUUCAAACAGAAAGGCUUUGGUUCGUUCACCUACCAGUUUGAGUUUUUCCAGUCAGCUCAGUUUGUGCAGAUGAUGGACCCAAAGACCUACCCACUGGACUUCAGCCUGGGAGACAUGAUGUACUGGCAGAUUGAAGCCAUCUGCUCUGUCCCAAACACGGAGCUCUUUGUUGAGUCCUGCAUUGCUGCACCUAGUGACAACCCGAGUGAACCUCUCUCCUACCCCAUCAUUGAGAAUGGAUGUAAGGUGGAUGCGACUGUGCAGACAUACUCCAGCCACAAGUCUAAAAUCCAGCUGGGGAUGAAGGCCUUCAAGUUCCUUGGAGUGCACAACCAGGUGUUCAUCACCUGCUCAGUCGUCCUGUGUAAGGUGGGCGUACCUGGCAGCAGGUGUUCUCAGGGCUGCACCAACAGCUCCGUGUCAGGGCACCGGAUCAGCAAGAGGGAGACGCCCGUCCAGACCGCCAAGCACUACAUCUCCCAGGGUCCCCUGCGCCUCCGACGAGACCUGGCCAGCUCAGUUUUUUUGCAGGCCCAGCCCACUGUAAACCUGAACCUUGUUGUUGUCGUUGGGGGGCUCCUGGCAGCCGUUGCUAUGGUGUGUGGAGUACUGAUCUACAAGACUGGAGGUUCAAAGGUCAAAUAUCAGAGAGUGCCCUCCCUGGACAUUUGAAAUGACAUCUUUCAUUAAUCACAGAGUGGAUUGCUCCUGUUAUUGCUGCCUAUGCUCCUUCACACAUACAAUAAAUGUCAGACACAGGGGUUUGCUCUUCAUAUAGCAGCAAUGUAUUGAUAACUGCUUGAUUUUGAGAUUCAUAAGGGAUAUGAUCAACUGAUCUCACUCAAAAGGGGAGAAUUAGUAAAGCGCUAGAGAUGGUUUAUCUCAAUGAUCUGGGGAUGUUAUGGCAAUAGCUUCAGUUUUUUAAAAGCGAGAUGCAUUUAGAUACACUUUAGAUUGAGAAGCUGGUUUUAUUUAGAGAUAUAGGUAUACCGUCAUUCACUUCAUUGCAUUAUUACAUAAACAAUAUUCUCAGUAGGGAUGUAACGAUACACUCAACUCACGACUCGAUAUGGAUCACGAUUUUUUGUACACGAUACGAUUUUAUCACAAUUUUUUUUUAUAUAUUGAUGCUGUUUGAAGAGGUUGCUCCAAAGAAAAUCAAAUUGCACCACUCCCUCUCCUUCCAAAGUAUUACGUCCUAUAGCCUACCUCUCCUCUUAAAAUAAAUGGCAGGCCCUACUGUUAUAUGCUACAUCAUUAUAGUUGUUCAAGUGCACACACUAAAUGGAGAGCUAGGAUUAAAAUUCAGACUGUGCCUUUAAAUAGGUGACUUUUUCCAUCUAUCAGCACAAUGCUACAGUAAGCCAUUUCCACUAAAGAAAAUCAGCUCAAUAUUAUGUGCCAGACUGAUGUUUACCAAGCAUGCCAACAUGUUAAUCUCUUAGCACUAUCGUCAUACGUUUUCUCAUAGUGAGAUGGCUAUCCCGAAAUAUGUUCUGAAUGGCAUGGGGCGCACGGAGGUGAACGGCGGGACAAACGCGAAAUGACAAGGUGUUAACUAAACAAUUGAGUAGACCUAAGGUCGACAGGCUUUGUGGUUAAAACGAUGAAAACCAGUAGGUUAGUCUGUCACAGCUAACUUCGUUCAAGCACAGUAGCUUAGACUAGGUUACACACGCAGAAAUUAAAAGUCAAUAUCAGCAUCACAAGAUUGCUGUCAUUAUCGGAAAAUCCAGACACGUCAAACUGGACGCGAACGCGUGGCAAAAACAAAACAACUUCAUAAAUGAUGUCUCUUUCAAACCUUGAAAACACCACAUUAAAAUCCAAGCAUUUUCAAGGAUUUCAAGCACCCAUACGAACCCUGACACACACACACUCUAGUUCAAAGUUGUUGCCUGCCGUCGUCUUCCCUCGUUCUGUGCCCCGUACCUAGUGACAUAAGUCACGUGACUCAUCGCGAUUCAUUUUUUCUAUCAACCGGUGCGAAUCGUCACGCAUUUGUAUCGAUUUUUAUUCGUGUCACGAUGCAUCGUUACAUCCCUAAUUCUCAGGGAUAAUAUACUUACAGUAUAUUAUACUUAUACUAUAUACUACCUUAUUAUAGUGUAUAUAAUAAGUAUAUAUAACAGGGGUCGGCAACCUUUGAGACCUCCAGUGCCAACUUCAAAAUUUCUAGUCAAUGAGUGUGCCACUAUCAACAAUAAUGGUUAAAAAACACACAAACAACGGGAAUAUACUUCUACAAAUUUUGAAUUUUAUUUUACAUGGAAAAUGUGCUAAUAAAAUAAAAUGUUAAUUAUUAUUAUUAUUAUUGCCAUGCAUAACAAACGAACCACAACAUUUUAUAGGCAACAGCAGGCCUAUUUUACUGAACAGUGUGGGCUGAGGCUAAAAUGAAUCAUAAGCUAUAUGUCUCAAUUAAAAGGUAUAUCUUGCCUACCAGUCAGUGUGAUCCCCUCCCUUGCUUUUCUUGGCUGAGCUUUUUUAUCUGGGGUUCGUAGUUUGUCACUUUGUCACUCUGAGAUUUUUUUUUUUUUUUGCUGAUGCUGGUGGUGCGUGCCAGUGAUUAUGCCUUGGCGUGCCAGCAGUGGCACCCGUGCCAUAGGUUGCCUACCCCUGAUAUAUAAGUAUAAGUAUAUAGUACAUAGUAUAUAGUAUAAGGUAGUAUAAGGACUGUUUCCUGCAAUUAUUAGGGGUUCUGAUGUUCUGAUAAUAGCUUCUGUUUCUAUGGUGAGAUGAACUAUUCUGAUUGUAUUUAGAUUAAUGGGUAUACUGUCCCUUACUUCACUGUGUAAUGA